AUGGACGCCUUCGCCUCUCUCCUUGCCUUCGUCGCUUGCGCGUCUGCGCACGGCGGUGUCCUCUAUUACGCCAACGGCGGCAACUGGUACGAUGGCUGGCAGCCAUACAACACUCCCACUGGACAGACGUCCAUUCAGCGUCCAUGGUCGAGCUACAACCCGAUCCAGGAUGCGACCGACCCUACCAUCGGAUGCAACGACGAUGGCACCGCCGGUGCUCUGCAGCUCACCGCCACGGUCGCCGCCGGCUCUGACAUCACCGCAUACUGGAACCAAUGGCCGCACCCCACCGGGCCCGUCAUGACCUAUCUCGCCGACUGCGGAGGCGACUGCACCAGCGUCAACUCCAACACCGCUAAAUGGUUCAAGAUCCAAGAGGCCGGCCUGAUCAACGGCACCGUCGCCAGCGGCACCUGGGCCGCGGGCGUGAUGGCCGCGGGCAACUCGUCGUGGACGACGACGAUCCCGGCGACGGUGCCCAGCGGCAACUACCUCAUCCGCUUCGAGACGAUCGCGCUGCACUCGAUGCCCGCGCAGUUCUACCCCGAGUGCGCGCAGAUCGAGAUCACCGGCGGCGGCUCGCUGCAGCCCACCGCGGCCGAGCUCGUCUCCCUCCCCGGCGCGUACUCGAACACCGAUCCCGGUGUCAACAUCAACCUCUACUCCGAAGAAGCCACGACAGAAACAUGCUACCAGAUUCCCGGACCCCCGCUCUACGGCUCCGACGACAAAGUCGCCACCUGCGGCUCGACGACAACGACGCCCCCUCCCCCCUCCUCCACGUCCAGCUCUGGCACCGCCCCCACCUCCACCGGCAGCUCCGGGUCCUCCGGCGGUGGCUCCAUCCCCCAGUUCGGACAGUGCGGCGGCACGGGCUGGACCGGCAGCGGCAGCUGCGCUUCGCCCUACACCUGCCAGGUCCAGAACACCUACUACUCGCAGUGCCUCUGA